AUGACGAAGGAUAGAAUUAACUUCCGGAGGUCCAUGAAGCAUGCCCACAGCGCUGCUGCAGUGGAGGAUGCCGUUGGGAUCACUGAGCUGCGCACCACACACAGUGGCGGUACCAGAGCAGAGGAAGAACGUGGCUUGCGAGUAACAGGGUUAAUGAAAUGGUCCUUUGAUGAUUUUAUUGUUCAGGAAGUAUGGCCCGAUGGUGUCCUUCACCAGCUUCAAGAGGAGGGAGCCAUGGGAACGCAUACAACCACUGCCUUUCUUGUGCGUGUGAUAUCUGAAGGGGUUCCAGACAGUGCAAUUGCCACUCUUAUUGAGGGAAAAUGUCCCCAUAAGACGUCAAUUUGGUUUCUCACACCAAUGGACUUUGUUUCUUGUCAAGAGCGCUUUGUUUUGGUGCACUCCUCUUCGUGUGACGCCGGCCGUUCCUUUCAAAGUGAGCAGAAGGUCCAUCUUGCCGAGGGAAUCGUAUGCCUUGGGAAAGCCAUGCGCACUCCUUUUGAUGCGAAGGCAGUGCCAUCUUUGCCCAUUCAUUUGUUGCCAGACAUACGGUACUCGAUUGUGUUGAGAUGCAUGCGUGGGUCCCUGGCGGAUGUCCUUCCCCGUCUCGAGGGUUUAGCAAAACAUGGUUUUCUAAACUAUUCACAUUUGGCACGGCACGGCGUUGGGCUUUUUCGUGCCUUUGAAAGCGGACGGCAUCUUCUUCAUCGCGAUUACGUGGAGUUUCUCCGAGGACAUGUGCUUGGCCUGACAGAGCGUUCCCCGCUGCUUUGCAAGGAGACUCCAUCACUGUUAGAGAUGCUUGCUAAUCCAAAGUCCACGCGUAGGGAUUGGGCGCGUCUCAAGCAGGGCCUGGAGUACGCUUUGAAACAAGAUGACAUCAUGGUCCACCGACCGCAAACAGGAUUGUAUUAUCCUCAUCACACUCUGUUGUAUGAUUUCCUUGAGCGGGCGUCAGAUAUCGUGCCCACACAUCACGACUCCGCCCAACUAAUUCGAGAGAGUAUUCCUCGUUUGCUGCUUCAGGAAAAAUUGAGAAGUGUGGCGGAUGUACAUUUUAACGCGUUGGCAUCCCUUCGUUGGAAUAUGCAAGGAACUCAAGUAGAUGUGGGAGAUCUUGUGAUUUCCGACGCAGAGGGGGGUCCAUUAGAUAUUUUUGAAGCCCCAGCCGAUCACAUGAAUGGUGAAAUGAUACACGGGCGUCAUCCUGAAUGGCUUUCUAUCGCAGGAGAAAACCACAUGAAUCGGAUGCGUGAGAGGGUUCGCCUCGUGCAAAGCCCUGAAGAGGGGCGACGGUUUAGCUUGGGGCAGGUGGUGCUUCCCGUUAUGGGCAGCGGCGUCGAGCAGUUAGUCCUCCCAAGUGGGAGACUGAAGGAGGCCUCUGAGCGAUUGGUGCAGGAACUGCAAAUUGAGGGGUUGACAAAAAUGAAGGCCGCUCCACCGGCCACUUACCGUCGCCUCAUUGUGCGUCCAAAGGAUUUUGCAUAUUGUGUGUUUGACGACGAGAGAGGUUGGUGUUGGGAGAGCAACAAUGAUGCACCCAUUCGCCCGCUGCUGUAUGGGGAUCAGGAAGGCAUUAUACGACAGCCUUCGCCCCUUUUUAUGGAAACGGGUAAAAACAUGAUUGCACGAGCUGGUAUUCGUGGUGCGGAGCAGCGAAGUUAUUUUUUAAAGGCUGCCAGACGUAGUGGUAUGACAUGCGUGUUGCGUAUGACGUUGCCACGGGGCUCUGCAGUAACCUCUGCGCUGCGAGAGGCGUUUCAGUUCGCCACACUUGAUCCGGGGGCCAUCUUUCGUCUCCUUCGAUGA